CUCAGAUAUCUCUCAAAGGUACUUCUUGUGGCACUUGUACGGCUGCAUUGGCCUUGUUGAACAUGCCAGCGGCAACUGUGACAACGCUUCGCGAUAAAUGCCACGAAUGGUGACAAUCGAGACACUUUCCCUCGGUUAGCUGCUUCUUGCCCGGUAAUCAUGCGACUGUAGCUUAAUCCGAAGCACCGUUAGUUUGCUUUGCAGUCUACACUAAAUAGUGGGGUGUACAUCGUGUGUAGCGGUGUUACGAUGCUACUCCCUUAUUAUGGUGGUACUACUAAUUCCGGGGUUAUGCGAUGACAGACUGUUCCACAAUCUCACUGCGCUACGUUCGCCUGGUCAAAGAUAUUCCAUUAUCCACUCUUGGAUCAUAUUGCACGUUGAGUGAUACCCACCUAUCGUCUUUUUAUAUUGUGUCGCUGAAUGAGUUCGAUCAUCCGAAGUGUUACAUAGAAUGGAAAUCUCUCGCAGCGUCCGACUCCUAGCUUCAGAUCGUACGUUCCAUUCUGGUGUGAGUCACUGGUGCGCGCGAUCGCCAAUCUUAGACGGAAUAGAAAUUCCCUUGUGCUGCUCUUCUCCCAACUUCGCUCAUUAUCACAAUCGUGCAGACGUUCACUCUCACUCAGAAUUCUGAUAUACGCGCUGCUCGAUUUGUUCACGGAAACCUUGUUCGCCGCCGACUUCUAUUUUUGCUAAACUUCAAAAUUAAGAAUCUAUUUUUUACAUGUGCACAUUUUGGAUGCACGAUGGUAUCAGAUUUCGCGGCUUGCAUCUCGAUAUCACAGAACCUACCCUAUUACAUACUACGUGAUUUACCAGGGAAUAACAUACACGCGGUCGCUAAUAGUCUUCUGGCUAGACUUUCUAUCGUCUGUUACUAGUAUUCUCGUCGGCUUGUUAUCGGAUAAAUACCUACUCAAUCACUACAACGCAAUCUCUCAC